AUGAAUGAUGAUCUUGAAAACAUAGCCAACUGGAGUAAAGACUUUGGUCUUCAAAUUAAUCCUGCCAAGAGUCAAGUCAUCAUCAUCGGAAGCCCUUUCUUUAUUUCAAGAGUCAAAUGGGCUCAGCUCCCUGGUGUUUACCUUGACGGUGUGGCCUUGGCCCUCAAUAAGACUGUUAAAAACCUUGGGGUCUUCUUCGACCAAACGUUUUCCUGGGGUCAUCACGUAAAGGAGAUCAGCCGUAAACUUUACGCCGCUUCUUUUACUCUGAAACGUCUUUCUAAUUUCCUUCCUAUCUGCACUAAAACUAUGUUAGCGCAGUCUCUUCUGCUUCCUAUUCUCGAUUAUGCGGACUCAUGCUCCACUGAUUUGAACGAAGAGCUACUUGACAAGAUCGAACGCCUGCAGAAUUUCUGCAUACGGUUCAUAUUUGGUCUUAGGAAAUAUGACCAUGUGUCUAAAUUCCGCAGGCAGCUGGGGUGGCUACCUAUUCGAUUCAGACGUCACGCUCAUCUUCUUCAACUCCUAUACUCAAUUCUUUUCAAUCCGAAAACCCCUUCUUAUCUCAAAAGUCACUUUAAAUUCUUAGGUCCUUCUAACUAUAUGUUACGCUCUUCUAAUAGAUGUUUAUUGGAAAUUCCAUCUCACACUUCAUCCUUCUUAGGCAAUUCAUUCACGAUCUCCGCCAUUAAGUUGUGGAAUACGCUGCCCGACUCCGUACGAUUGGCUACCUCUCUGUCAUCUUUUAAAACUCUUCUGUAUAAUCAUUACUUAACCUUAUCCUAUCCUGAUCAAUCGUGA